CCAGCAUUGAACGCGUGGUAGCUUAUCGAUUUUUUUCCGUGCUUUUCGUCUAUUUUUGCUUUUCUCUUCCGGCGCCAGUAUGUCUGGGCUACUCUCUCAUCUUCCGUCGAUAGCGUAUCCGCCUGAACAGGACGGCUACUUUUCUCCGGUAACAAGCACACUGGACUGGUGUGAAGAGAACUAUGUUGUCACACAUUUUAUCGCUGAAGCAGUGAAUACCCUGACCAACCUCUUGUUCAUAUAUCUAGCUACAAAGGGCAUUCGCAGCUGCUUGAAGUAUGGGCACGAUACAGUCUUUCUUGUUAGCUUUGUUGGCUAUUUGCUUGUCGGGAGCGGCAGUUUGUUGUUUCACGCGACAUUGAAGUACCCCAUGCAGCUUGUCGAUGAGCUUUCGAUGAUUUACACGACAUGUCUGAUGAACUUUGCCACGUUCUCAUACGGCAAGUCACGACUGUAUUCCACGGUACUCGCCAUCUGUCUCACGUCGCUUGCGGUGUUCAUCACGCUCUACUACCACUACCUGCAAGACCCAACCUUUCACCAGAAUGCAUACGCACUUCUUACAGCAGUUGUGUUCUUUCGCGCCCUCUACGUAAUGGAGGUCAAUAUCCGACCGCGCUUCCGAUCGCAGGAGAGGGAGGCAGCGAAUCCGCGUCUGGAUGGGAGUGCAAAGGCAGUGCGACGGGAAAACCAGCGAGACGAGGAGAUUCUGAGCACCAUGUGGAAGAUGAUUGCCUUUGGCCUCAGCAUCUUCCUGGGUGGUUUUGCCAUUUGGAAUCUCGACAACGUGUACUGCUCGCGGCUGAUCCGGUGGCGGAGGCAAGUCGGCAUGCCUUGGGGCUUCGUGCUCGAGGGGCAUGGAUGGUGGCACUUGAUGACUGGGCUUGGGGCAUAUUUCUACAUUGUGUGGGGCAUUUGGCUCAGGCACUGUCUUAAUUACAGACAGGACGAGUACGAGUUGCAGUGGCCAAACAUGUGGACGGUGCCCGAGGUAAGGGCUAGAGGAAGGGAUGCGAAGAAGGUGGCGUAGUGUGCUGUUGGGCUGGGGUUGCCAUGGAUGUACUACAUGCAACAGCUGUUUGGUACCUGUCGGAUGCUGUUAGUUUUUUCUUUUUUUCGGCGUGCGCAAUGAAACCAAUCUAUAGAUAUAGACGUAAAUGUAGGUGUAGAUGCAGGUAUACGUGUAGAUGCAUAAGAUGAUGCAGCGCAAGACAUGGCCUUUGCUUAUGCCCUUUGUUGUGCG